AUCCAAUUACUGGAUAUUGUUUUUGAAAAUAAUUUCUUCAGGUAUAAAAAUGACUUCUACAUCCAAACCAAGGGGGUUGCUAUGGGCGCGGCAUUGGCCCCAUCGGUAGCAAACAUUCACAUGAUUGACUUUGAAAACAAACAUUUUUUUUCUGAAUCUAACCCCUUUACAAAUGACAUCAUUCUGAUUAAAAGAUACAUUGAUGAUUUGCUCAUAAUUUUUAAAUCUGAAGCAACAUGUAUUGCAUUCCAAGAAUGGGUGAACACAUUGGAUUCCCAUCUAAAAUUUACUUGUCAGUAUCACAAAAAAGAAAUUCCAUUUUUGGAUGUAGUGGUCUACAUUUCAAAUAGAAACACCUUGGCAUUCAAACCGUAUAAGAAAUUAACGGAUUGUUACUCCCUACUCCAUUACUCUUCAAGUCACCCUUCUCAUUUAAAAAGAAAUUUACCAUACGGACAGUUAAUCAGACUGAAAAGGAAUGCUACGGACAAGAGAGACUAUAGAAAUGCGGCUCAUCAGCUAGAAAAAGCUCUCGUUAACCGGGGCUACCCUAAUUGUAUCAUACAGGACGCAUACAGACGUGUAGACGGUCGCAAUCGAAAAAAUUUGCUUGAAACACGGUCUGAUAGCAUUAAAAACAGAAAACCCAGCCGCCUGGUCAUGGGGAUGGAUUUCACACCCCUGGCCAGCCACAUUAGAAACAUUAUAUAUAAACAUUGGCAUAUUGUGGAAGACAUACCUGGCUGUAAAGAUCCCCCCCUUUUAGGGUUGAGGAAGAAAGGAACUUUGCGCAAUCAAUUGGUCAAAGCUGAUUGUUUGGAAUCACCAUCCAUUGUCACUAAAGGCCACUAUAGAUGCGGCUCAUGCAAUAUGUGCCCCUACAGUUUACAAGUAAAAGAAAUAAAAAGUGAACAUAUGCAGUUCACUUUUAAAAUCAACUCCAUGACCACAUGCAACUCCAAGAACGUAGUUUAUUGCAUACGGUGCCCUUGCAACAAACUGUAUGUAGGCAGCACCACGCGGGCACUAAAGGUACGUAUAGGAGAACACAGAUCACGCAUCCGCAAUAAAGUGAUGGAAGCCCCUCUUACACCUCAUUUUUUACAAAUGAAACACAGUGACUCCGAUUUAAUGUUUUUUGGCUUAUGGCAGUACACACCCAAGAAAUACCACAAGCAGGAUAUCCUAAAAAUAUUGAGACAACAAGAAACUAAAUUGAUUUUUAUGUUUAAGACAUUACAACCGGACGGUUUAAACUCAGAUCUUGACCUUUCUGUAUUCAUUUAAACGAACACACCAGCAGUAUAACAUACAGCAAUCAUAGAGAUACUGUAAGUGUUAUCAGUACUCACAUUCUUCUGCCCCCUCCCAAUUGUCAUCUUUAAUUAUUAUCACCUGUGAACCAACUUUUUGUAUAUAAGUGUGCUCCAAACACAGGAUAUUUGCUUAGUCAAUACAUGCUCAAACCAAAAAUACUCUGAAUACAAGAAAUGUAAGUAUCUCUUUAUGUGUACAUGUAUUUUAGAAAUUGUAUUACUGUAUUAUUUCAAACAAUAAUUAGAAUUUGAUUUGUAUUACCAGUGGAUAUGUAAAUGAGAGAACCUUUUGAAAAAACACCUGAGCAUUGUGGCCUAAGCCAAGAUAAGUGGUUUCAUACAAAUUUGAAUGCACUAAACAUAAAAGUACAAGGAGAACUACUGAAGAAGCCCGUCAUAUGGGCGAAACAGGCAAAAAAACGCCGGCAGCCUGUCUACUACC